AUGGCAAAUACCAACCCCCCAAAAUCCUCCAACGGCUCGAAGGCGGCCCACAACGGCUCGGCCGACUCCUCAUCCCCACAAACUUCUAGCCACACAAAUCAUGGUCAAACCGAGAAUUCGACCUCGGGCAUCUCGUCCAGCUCAUCGAACCCACCCAGUAUGGAGAGAUUUCUCCAAGAAGACAGAGACCAUCGCUCCCAUGCGGUUGCUGCGUACAGCCCGCAUCAGGAGGAUGCUCACAAGCGUCACAAAGGGAAACUAGAGGAUGUUGUGAAGAUGAAGUACUGA